GAUCUCCGCAUGGAAUCGGUUGACAGACGUUUCUCAAUGUCCACUGCAAUACGGGCAGCCGAGCAGACAUUAUCUGGAAUAAGAGAUGUGCACAUUUGUGGUUUUCUGCAUCGAGACAUCAAACCACCGAAUUUUGCCAUAGGACGAGAAGAAGACAAUCUUCAGCAAACUAUAUACAUCCUAGACUUUGGCUUGUGCAGGCAUGAGAAAGAUCUUCGAUAUAUGAGGGAGAAGGCAGCAUUCCGUGGCACAACGCGCUAUGCUAGUAUCAGUGCUCUUGAAAUGGUCAAAGCUUAUUUUAAGAAAGAUCAAUGCCGAAGGGACGAUGUCGAGGCCUGGUGGUAUAUGGUAUUAGAGUGGAUGACAGGGCAAUUACCAUGGAGGCAUUGUCGUGUGAGUCUCAGUGCCGUUUUAGACCACUUUUGGCCUUCUGUUCGUGUUGAGCAGAGCUUAAGUUAUUCCGGAGACGGUUUUGAGUAA